AUGUUGAGGACCAUUCUACCCAGACAAGCCGUGCUUCUGAACCAGUUUAGAACUGGAGCCAUGCAUUCUAGGAUGCAGAUGAAACCACACACGAGGCUCUGGACAUCCAAUUUGAUUGGCAAGCGUUUCCAUGGGCACCUACAUAAGCCAAAACCAGGUGAAGAGUUGCAUGUCACUUUUAUAUUGAAGGACGGUACGCAGAAAACGUUUGAGGUAGCGGAGGGGGAUUCGCUACUAGACAUUGCGCAAGGCCAUAACCUCGACAUGGAAGGUGCAUGUGGGGGUUCGUGUGCGUGCUCUACUUGCCAUGUGAUAGUUGACCCCGAAUAUUACGACGCCUUGGAGGAACCAGAUGAUGAUGAGAACGACAUGUUGGAUUUGGCCUAUGGUCUUACCGAAACAAGCAGACUUGGUUGUUGUAUUAAGAUGAGCAAGGAUAUAGACGGCAUUCGGGUAGCCCUUCCCGCGAUGACAAGAAACGUCUCGUCCACUGACUUUGAGUAA